AUGGAGUUAGGAGGAGGUAGUUGCACAGAUGAAACCACCACAAGCAAUGGUUCUCUUUCCGUAUCUCUUAUACCGGCGAAACUAGCGAAACUAUCUCCACCGCCGCCGAUGAACACACUCAGCCGCGUUGGAAGCGGUGCUAGCGCUGUCACCGAUCCUGAAAACUGUGUCGGCUCCGGCGAAGCCGAAUCUCGAAAACUUCCGUCGUCGAAAUACAAAGGCGUGGUGCCACAGCCGAAUGGACGUUGGGGAGCUCAGAUUUACGAGAAACAUCAGAGAGUCUGGCUUGGUACAUUCAAUGAAGAAGACGAAGCCGCCAGAGCGUACGAUAUCGCCGCCUUGAGAUUCCGUGGAAAAGACGCUGUCACGAACUGUAAGAGUUUCAGCGGCGUCGAAAACGAUACCGACGAAAGUGAAGCCGAGUUUCUCAACUCGCAUUCCAAAUCCGAGAUAGUUGACAUGCUUCGGAAACAUACAUACGACGAUGAACUUAAGCAAAGCACGCGAGAUUCAUGCGGCGGAAGGCCGCGGCGCAACGGAGAAUCUGCCACAGCGUCACGUGGCGCGUGCGUUGCUAAGGCGCGUGAGCAGUUGUUUGAGAAAACGGUUACGCCAAGUGACGUUGGAAAGUUGAAUCGGUUGGUGAUACCGAAACAGCACGCGGAGAAACACUUUCCGUUGAAUGCCGUGGCCGUAACUGUCUCUGGCGAUGGAACCUCGCCGUCUGUGACGGCGGCGAAAGGUUUGCUAUUGAACUUCGAAGACGUUGGAGGGAAAGUGUGGCGAUUUCGUUACUCUUAUUGGAACAGUAGCCAGAGUUACGUUUUAACCAAAGGCUGGAGCCGGUUCGUGAAGGAGAAGAAUCUCAAAGCCGGUGAUGCGGUUCGGUUUUUCAGGUCGACCGGACCGGAUAGACAGCUCUAUAUAGACUGCAAAGCCAGGAGCAUUAGUGUUGUCGGUGUCAGUGUUGGUGAAACCAAUGAUAAUACUUGUGGUUUGUUUAUCCCGGUCCGACCGGUAGUUGAACCGGUUCAAAUGGUUCGGCUUUUCGGGGUAAAUAUUUUGAAAAUACCUGGUUCAAGUUCUGAUGGUGUUAGCUGCAAUGGGAAGAGAAAAGAGAUGGAAUUAUUUACCUUAGAAUGCAGCAAAAAGCCAAAGAUAAUUGGAGCCUUAUAA